AUGCGUAUCGACUGGGUUUGCAUUUUUCUGGUCUCCUGUGUUUUGACGUGCUGUUGUCACAUGUACAGUGAAGAGUACAAUCAGGGCCAAAAGACUGGUGAAGGCCCGUUUAGGGCCAAAAUGUUCAACUUUAUUUGGGAGAAGGCGUCCAGACGUUUGAACCCGGACCAGAAGCAGACGUUUCUAUCACGUCUCGUUGAUCUGGACAAGGAGUUCAUCAAGUCGAAGCAUCGAACGAUGCUGGCUAAGGACGGCUCAUCGCUAUUCACAAAAAGUAUCGACGACAAGGUGACCGGCUUGCUGACCGAAUACCACCUGGAAAAGGUACUGGACAGCAUACGAGUGAUGAAAGACACCGACAGGGAUCGUGCGGGCUUGACGGCGAAAAAGCAGACCAGAAGCAACGCGUUUCAGCCGAAGGACAAAAAAUUGAAAAUUCUUUGGAAGCAGGUGCAGCAGCUCGGUUUGGACAAAGAAGAGUCUCUGCGCAGAAACUUUAUCAAAGUUGAUCACGAAGUUCAGACUUAUCGAGGUAAAUAA